AUGGGGGGCAGAUCAGCAAAUAAGGCCGGCUACUUCGACAAGCUGAAGCAGCUCCUCGAGGAGUACAAAAGCAUUUUCAUCGUCACCGUUGACAAUGUCUCUUCUCAGCAGAUGCACGAGAUUAGACAUGCUCUCCGUGGCGAGGCUGUCGUCUUGAUGGGCAAGAACACUAUGGUCCGUCGUGCUAUCAAAGGCUUCAUGAACGACAACCCCGAAUACGAGCGCCUUCUCCCCUUCGUCAAGGGCAAUAUUGGAUUCGUCUUCACCAAUGCCGAUCUUAAAGACAUCCGAGCCAAGAUUUUCGACAACAAGGUUGCUGCUCCUGCCAGAGCUGGUGCCGUUGCCCCCGCCGAUGUGUUCGUCCCGGCCGGUAACACUGGUAUGGAACCCGGAAAGACCUCUUUCUUCCAGGCCCUUGGUGUCCCAACCAAGAUUGCCCGUGGUACCAUUGAAAUUACUACGGACUUGAAGCUUGUCGAGGCUGGAAACAAGGUCGGAGCUUCAGAGGCUACCCUGCUCAACAUGUUGAACAUCUCACCCUUCACCUACGGUAUGGGUAUCUCCCAGGUCUACGACCAGGGCAACACCUUCCCGCCAAAUGUUCUCGACAUUGAGGAGGCUCAACUUCUCAAGUCGUUCUCAAGCGCUAUUACAACCAUUGCAGCCAUCUCUUUGGCUACAAACUUCCCAACCCUUCCAUCUGUCAUGCACUCCGUCGUCAACAGCUACAAGAACGUUUUGGCUGUUGCCAUCGGCACCGAGUACAGCUGGUCUGAGAUUGACGAGUUGAAGGACCGCAUCGCUAACCCCGAUGCUUAUGCCGCUGCUGCUCCAGCUGCUUCCAGUGGAGGAGCCGCCGCUGCUGCCCCUGUUGAGGCCGCCAAGGAGGAAUCCGAGGCCGAGGACUCUGCAGAUGAGGGAUUCGGAGGUAUGUUCGACUAA